GCAUUAAAGUUAAUGCGCAAAAGCCUCCCCUUGAUACUCUUUUACAUAACUCUCAAAACACACUGAGAAAGCAACUCACUUUCAAAACUAGCUAUUUAUUUUUCAUGUGAAUUCUUCUUCUUGUUGCUUUUGUUGAUGAUGAACGGCCACAAAGGUGAAAAGAGUGUGGCGGCGGGGAAGGAGGUGGUUGUGCAACUGGUGUUGAGGUUUGUGUCCUUGGUGGCUUCUGUGGUAGCGUUUUCCUCCAUGUUAACUGCUAGUCAAAGUAGUGCGGUUUCUAUUUUUGGGUUCCAGCUUGAUGUUUCUUCCCAGUGGUCUUAUUCUUAUGCUUUUGAGUACCUGUUUGGAGUAUCUGUGGCUGCAGCAGCUUAUUCAUUGCUGCAAUUGCUCAUCAGUGGAACAAGGCUGCUAAGAAAAGUUCCAGUGAUUCCCUCAAGAAGCCAUGCCUGGCUUAUUUUUGCUCUGGAUCAGGUUUUUGCAUAUGCGAUGUUAAGUGCAGGAUCAGCUGCAGUUUCAGUCACAAAUUUGAACCGCACAGGAAUCAGACUUGCUCCUCUGCCCAGUUUCUGCACAGCUUUGUAUAGAUUCUGUGAUCACAUUACAAUCUCAAUAGUCUUCACUUUCUUCAGCAGUCUCUUGCUUGCAGCAUCAGUUCUUCAGGAUGUGAUUUGGUUCAUCAAGUCUUGAAUUUUCCUAGCUUUUUAUUAUCAUAUACUUAUUAAUGGAUAUGUGGAAUCUUAAAAUAUAUGUCAUGUGCCUCUUUCUCUUAUGGAAUAUGUGGAGCACAGGAUUGGCCUUUGUAAAGAGCAAAUGUGGCUCUAUAAUUUGUAAUAGUAAUGCUUCCCGUGGUUCAUUUUGUGACCAAACUUAUUGUUAUUUGAUGGAACUCCGUAUCUUAAAUUGCAUGUACUAUAUUUAGUGAGUUAUAGUAAAUGUUUUUAAAACCGAA